ACUUAGCCAUUAAACCAUUAAGCCGCACAUUGCUGUUGGGUAUAUAAAGAGCAUUGCAUCCCAUUUUGUCGUUUUGUUCAUCAGAUGGUUCAAUCGGUGUUUAAUGCGUGAAUCAUAGAUUAAUAAAAAAUUAAAUAAAAUAUAUUUCAUUUAAAAUAGAAUUUAAAUUGUUGGUGAAUUUGUUUCAAUUAAAUAUUUAACCAUUCAAAUAAUUUAGAAAAAUUACAAGAAAUAAUUUUUAGUCGUUCGUGUUCAGUUAUCAAAAAACUUCACCAUCAUGGCAAGCGACAAGGAAAUAUCGUUUGAAAAUGAAUUCAGUGAAUCGAGUAUUAGAGCGUUUUUCAAAAAUCAAAGUGUUUUCUUAACUGGCGCCACAGGAUUCCUUGGCAAAGUGAUUAUGGAAAAAUUGCUGCGCACAACCGAAGUAAAAGUUGUUUACAUAUUAAUUCGAAAGAAACGAGACAAGGAUAUUAAGGAAAGAGUUGCUGAUGUCUUUGAAGAUCCUCUCUUCCAAGUUCUACAUCGAGAGAAACGUGAUUUUCUUAUGAGGGUCCAUCCAAUCGUUGGUGAUUGCUCCUUGCCACAUCUAGGCAUAUCCAAGGUCGAUCAGCAGCUACUUAAGGAGAAUGCCAGUGUGGUUAUACACAGUGCUGCAACAGUGCGAUUCAUAGAGCCUCUCAAGAAUGCCUUGGAAAUAAAUGUACGUGCAACAUUGGCUCUGAUUGAGUUGGCCAAGGAAAUGGAUAACAUUAAGAGUUUUCUUCAUGUUUCGUCGGCUUUUGCCAACUGCAAUCGAGCCCACAUAGACGAGGUGUUCUACAGUGCGGGCAUAAGUGGGGAGAAUGCAUGCCUUUUAGCAGAAUUACUUAGUCCUGAGGUCCUUGACAAGAUUAGUUCUAAGCUGAUUGGAAACUUCCCCAACACAUAUACCUACACAAAGGCCCUGGCCGAGGAGAUUAUUCUAAUGAACGGCAAGGAGCUGCCACUGUGUGUGUUUAGGCCCGGAAUUGUUAUUCCGACGUAUAAGGAUCCGGUGCCGGGUUGGAUUGACAACUUGUACGGACCGACGAGUAUUCUAAUUGGCGCCGCAACCGGAGUCCUGCGAGUUCUCUAUGCCAGGAUGAGCCAAAACGCCUCCGUUGUUCCCGUGGAUUAUUGUGCAAAUGCGAUAUUGGCUUGCAGUUGGCAUACCGCUAAGAACCCUGCUACAAUUCCACCUAUUUACAACUUUGUUCCGGACCCAGAAAAUCUCGUGCAAUGGGAGGCCUACAGGACAUCCGCCCUUACAGAUGGUGUUAAGAUGCCCUUCACUCGCAUGCUUUGGUAUCCAACGCUAACAGUGACUCAGUCCAAGACCUGGUUUAGUAUUCUCUGCUUCUUCUAUCAUAUCAUCCCAGCAGUGAUCUUUGACUUCUGCCUCGUCCUGAUUGGUCGCAAACGAAGAAUGCUUAAGAUGUACAAGAAAAUCCACAAAUCCUGUUCUCUGCUUAACUACUUUGCCGAGCACGACUGGACUUUCACGUGCGACAACAUCAAAAAGAUUUGGGCCAAACUACCGGAAACGGAUCACGAAAUGUAUCCCUUCGACAUGCGACAAAUCGUAUGGACUCGGCAAUUCUACCACAGCAUGUGUGGUGUAAGACGCUACUUGGCCAAGGAAGAACCAAAGACCAUACCCAAAGGAAUCAAGUUGUUAAGAAGGUUAAGGAUAUUGCAUUCAGCUAUGCUUCUGACGGUUUACGGAUCCGGCAUUUGCCUCCUACUGAUGUUGGUGUUCAAGGCAUUCUUUGAUAAAUAAUAAUAUUAAUCGAGAGAUAGGAUAUACUCGUAGAUAUAUAGCUAAUAGAAUGGAAUGGAAUUUCCAUCAUCAUCUUCAUCAUCAUCAUCACAAUAAUCGCAGACGAAGGAAGGAAUUCAGUGCCAAGCCAGCCGCCUCUUAGAGUUUAGUCUUCUAUUGAAAUCGAUCGAGAAUAUAAAUAAAAUAUCAUCAUCAAUCCAUCAUCAUUGAAUCGCAUCGUAUCGCCCUAAAAAUUGGAGGUCCCAUAAACCCCUAACACCACAACCCCUUCACACAUCUUUUCACAUAUGAUGACCAUCAUCAUCUCAUCACAAAUGGAUAUCAUCGCAUCAUCUCAAAAAAAAGGAUGUAUAUUUAUAAAGCUUUUAAGAUUAGAAUUUUGUUUUCUUUGUCACAUUUUAUGUUGUUAUCACAUUGAGAAAAAUAACGGUAAAUAAAAACAUCUUAAAAAUAAAAUCACAUGCAAAA